AUGAGUUCGGAACGUUCAAUUUCGCCUGAGCCCUUACCCAGAUCACAUUCACAUUCAAGCGUCAUUCUUAUCGGUGAUAAAGAUAGUAAUGGCCGUGCUGCUCGUCAAUCUUCAUCAGCAACACAAAAACGUCGCCGGGAUAGUUCACAUCGAACUCCAUCCCCACCAUCGCCUCGUUCACCUGUUUCUCGAUCACGCAGUCGCAGUUCAGUAGGAGGUUCCCGAUCACCAGUCGUUCGCAAAGAAAGCCAUCGCCGUUCGCCAGCUUCACCUCCGCCGUCGAGUUCAUCAUCAAAGCGACGCCGUCAUAAGGACGGAGGUAGCAACUCCGGUCGACACAUCUGUGGCAUUUGUUCAGCUGAUGUCGAUGAAGCUAAACGAUUGUAUGGCGUUCUUGACAACUGCGAUCAUAUCUUUUGUUACGAAUGUAUUGUCUCAUGGAAACGCUCGCGUUAUAAUAAUGCUGAAUCGGAAAGUUGUCCAGUGUGUAAAGUACGUUCAGCAUUCAUCACACCGAGCAAACAUUGGUACGAUAACAAGGAUGAUAAAGCGCGUAUCAUCAAAAAACAUAAAAAUCAUCUAAAGUCACUCCCUUGCCGAUAUUACCUUCGUCAUGGAUUUUGCCGAUAUUCCGAUCGAUGCUUUUACGAUCAUUAUGAAGCAGCGAAGCAAUACAAACAACAAAAUCCACAAUCGAGAGAUCGAGAUCGAGAACGUGAUCGCGAUCGUGACCGAGACCGUGAGCGCGAUCGCGAUCGUCACCAUAAUGGUAGUGGUCGUUCUCAUCACCAUUCACCAUCACCGCCGCCGGCAUCAAGUCGACAUACAUCAUCACGUUAUCGCGAUCGUGCUUAUUAA